ACUGCAAAUCGCAUCUGUAUCCGUUCGGUUGCAGGAGCAACUCGCUCAAAAAUCUGCUUUUCUCGGUAUGUCGUUUGGUGUCCUUCGCACGAUGGUGCUCUCGGUGACGCAGCCUCUGCUUUAUUGUACAUAGUUGUCUCUGCUGCCUUAAGAACUCGACGUCGACACCGUCCUGGGAAUAUGUAUCCAUAUCUGGCAAGUGCGUUAUUCGUAGAAAACUUCUGACAGUGUGGCAUUCUCUCAUCAAAGUAUCUCACGCCCCAAAGUAAUUUUAAGCCUUUAUUGAACUCUAUUUUCUCGCUGUUCCGUGCAGAUUCGUGAUCGUAAACAAAUUUUUAUACGUACUGUUGAUUCUUGUUUCCAGCUAAACCAUGCGGAGUGCACCAGCAGGCCGGUCCCCUGUGCCCGCUCGAGGAUACAGUGGCACCCCAGCUCGGAAAAAACAGGAAGGAGAAGCUUGGGCGGACAGGUCACCCUAUCAGGACAAAGCGGGCAAGCAACCGUAUUUGUUAUUUUCUCAGUUUUCGAGGCAUCGCACACCUCAUAAUCAUUGUCAUUUACUCGACCCCUGUCUGCCCACCGUGGGGCCUCGCAUGUUAUGAUGCAAAGUUAGAAAACAACAUAAACAAGAAGACCUUCUACUGACAAAUUUUUCUGAAUGAUUUUUUUACCACUUAGGUACAACUACGUGCCCAACGCAAACUCGCCGAAGCUGUCGCCCAGAAGCCAGGUCGCCAAGCUGUCCCCUAGGAGCAUGGCCUCGGCGAGGAAGGCCACCACGAAAACCGGACUGCAGUCGGGGCAAAGCAGUCCCUCGUCAUUUUUUUCGGUACCUGAGGAAGUUCCGGAGAAGACUCCGGGGGACGAGGAAGAGCUCGGGCGGUUUGGCCGCUUCCGCAAGUGGUGCGGGGAACACAAGAAGACCGUGGCCGCCGGAGUGGCGGUGGUCUCGCUGGCGAGCAUUGCCGCGGUCGUGUACUACAAGCCAGAACUCGCACCUGAGGGAGCCAUGAAAAAGGUGCAAGACACCAAGGAAAAAUGGACUUACACGUGGAAUUGGAAAAUCAAAGUGCCGGAGGUCAAGGUGCACGUCCCGACGGUGUCGAACUGAGUUUUCUUGCCUUUAUGUAUGAUAUCCGAGGGGAGACACCUUUUUGCGCUGCUAAGCGACCAGUUUUCGAUGUUGAGUUGUUUGAGAUUUUUCUGACUUUUCCCUACAUACUCAUUUCCGUUUUCUACAGUCUGGGAGUACGUCGAUUCUCAUUUUUUUCAUCUGAGAGUUUUUGCAGAGAAAAUGACUACCUAUUGUUCAUCGCUUGUUCAUGUUCUCUCAAUUUUUCGCCAGUGUUGCUGUUGUUAACAAGCAGGAGUUUGAUACUCCUUUGUAGUUUUGCAGGUCAACAAGGUAAAAUCCACACUUAACGACUUUUUUGACCUGCCAGCAUGUUUUUCGCAUGGUAAGUGUACAAUGUCAUAGCGGAAAAAAACUGCGUCUCGGGCAGUUGCUCUCUGGAC